CCACCAUCGCCAUUUUCUGCAUGUCUGAUCGCCCGCCAUCUCUCGUCAGAGCGGCUGCCAUGGCUUGCUGUCCCACGCUACCUGCAACUCGUGAUGGGCUGGCGGUGAUGGGCUGAGGGGCUAGCAGCGGUUGCAUGCCGCUCUCCUCCCGCACGCGACGUCAGCGCUUCCAACUGCGCUCCACCAUGCCGACACCCCCACAGCCAGCAAGCUUGCCUGCAUGCGCCACAGCUAAAAGCAUUCGCAGCCCGCGUUGGCAGGUUUGGGAUUCUCAUCGAUUGCCUGAGCGACACAUAUAUCUUUGUUGAACCGGGACACUACACGCCUCUGAUUACUCCGCCUUGGCAAAAUGGACCAGCAAGUAGAGCGCUUGGUGAACAAGACCUGGGAAAAGUACCAGGAUACGCCCGCCUCACAACGAUUGAUGGUAGCUGUCUCCGGAAUUCCAGGGUCAGGCAAAACCACACUGGCAACCAUCGUAUCAGCCAAACUCAACGAGAAACAUGCACAGCAAUCACCCGGGACCGCCAACAGCAACCCGGUGUCAGCCUUCAUACCGAUGGAUGGCUUCCAUUUGUCACGUGCCCAGCUCGAUGCCAUGCCCGAUCCAAACACCGCCCAUGCUCGCCGCGGUGCAGCCUUUACAUUCGACGGCGAGUCCUUCUACAAGCUCGUUCAAAAGCUCCGGGAACCCAUACUCCCAGAGACAGCGACGCUGUACGCCCCAAGCUUCGACCAUGCCAUCAAAGACCCUGUUGACAACGACAUUGCCAUUGCGCCCUCCGUCCGCAUAGUCAUUUUCGAGGGCAACUACUGUUCCUUGAACAAAUCGCCCUGGAGCGAUGCCGCCAAGCUCAUGGAUGAGCUGUGGUUUGUGGAUGUCGACUUUGCCGUUGCGCGCAACAGAUUGAUUCAUCGCCAUGUCAAAGCCGGCAUUGCUACAAACGCCGAGGAAGCGGCGCAGAGGGCGGAUGAGAAUGACCUUGUAAAUGGCAGGGAAAUUGUUGAGUCGAGGCUCGAAGUACAUGAGCUUAUUAAGAGUCAAGAUGAUCAAGCUUGGGCUCCCGAACAACAGGGCUAUGGUGAUGGUCAAGACUCUGCCACCAAGCAUGGCAUAGCAGGGCGUGUAUAGUUAUGAAUUUUUAUUUUAUUAUGGUCAUC